AUGCUGCGCCGGACACUAGCACUAUUUGCGGAGGCGACGCGAUCGUCGUCCAAGGCGUCGAGCUCUUCGGAUGUGCUCACGUCGCACUUUGCCAAGUCGUCGCUGCCUCCUACGCUGGCAAGGAGUGCGCAGCCGCACAAGAACCUGUACCAGCUGCUCUCGACGUUGCCGCAGGACGGUGUAGGUGCGCGCGUCAGGCAGCGUCGCUGGGCCGCCAAGGGCCUGGAUGUGCCGCGCGAUGUGGAUCUCAAGAAACACCUCGCACAGAUGCACGCCAAGGGCGACAAGCCGCUCAAGGACGACGCCCAUCUGUGCUACUGGGAGAUCACCAAGGUCAGGUUGAAGGACGGCGGAAACCACGGAAAGGCAUGGGGAAAACUCGUAUGGAGAGGCAAAACCAUCACCAAGGCCGAGACGGGCGAACGCAUCCCCGGUGCACUCAAAUACUUCUGGGCCCCAGCAAAGUGA